GGAGAGCUCAGUGUUACAGACCUGUCCACCGAGCAGAAACAGGGGAGAGCAGAACAAGAGAGGGGAGGAGAGAAGAAGAAAAACAGAUACCUGAGAAAAGAAAUUCACCAGGAAACUGGGAACUAGUAGACGGUUUAAAGAGAAUCAGACUUAUCACUUGUAAAAGAAGACUAGAGGGAAGAUAGAAAGUCAUUCUUCAGAGAGAGACUUUAAACUAAGGACGGUCUGCAGUAUGUUCCUCCUCCUCUCGUUGUGCAUGUCUGGUCUUCUCCUGCAUGCUGACGCCCAGGAGCGAGCCUCUCUGUGGAGGGGAAAUGACCGGGGUGGACGCUGCCACUACACCUUCACUGUGCCCAGCCCUGUUGAAUCCAGCUGCCCGCAGUCCGGAGGCCCCGAGAUGGAGGGUCUGAAGGCCAGGCUCAGCAUGCUGGAGGUGCUGGUGGCCCGGCUGACCAGAGGGGAGACCGUGGCCCCUCAAAGAGCCGGAGCCAGAGCUCAGUCUGAGCUCCAGGAGGCGCUGAACAGGGCCACGGACGAGAGGAACCUGCUGCAGGGGGAGACGGAGCGUCUGGAGCGGGAGCUGCUGGGGCUGCAGGGCAGGAUGGAGGAGAUGAGGAAGGAGACGGAGAGGCUGAGGAACAGACCGUGUCCGCCCCAGACCCCCGUGGUGCAGCCGAGCCCCUCUCUGCAGGGCGGUGGCCUGAUGAGACCUGCUGGGGGUUCCAGUGCAGUGUCUCACCUGAUGACCCGGCCCAACAGGCAGGGAGACAGCAGCAGUUUGAGAGACUCGGCGUGGCAGUACAGAUCUCCAGGCUUCCAGGAGCUGAAGGCCGAGGUGACGGAGGUACCUGCUCCUGACGGCUCUGAGGAGAACACAGGUUGUGGGGAGCUGGUUUCAGUUGGUGAGCCGGUCACUCACAGGAAGGCCGACAACAUAGAGGGUAAAUAUGGUGUUUGGAUGCAGGAUCCUGAGGCUGCCUCCAUUUAUGGACCCAACAUGAUCUGGCGCAUCGACACCAUUGGCUCUGAUGUCAGGAAGCUGUUUGGAUACGAUGACAUGGAGCAACUCGCUAAAGGCUUUCCGUCAAAGGUCCUGUUGCUGCCAGAGCAAGUGGAGAGCACUGGUGCCACAGUGUACAGAGGCUCUCUCUAUUUUCAGAGACGCCUUAGCCGCACCCUCAUCCGCUACGACCUGGCCUCUGAGAGCGUCGCAGCCCGCCGUGAGCUCCCCCACGCCGGCUUCCACGGCCAGUUCCCCUACUCCUGGGGAGGCUACACGGACAUCGACCUGGCUGUGGAUGAGCAGGGGCUGUGGGCCGUGUACUCCACCAGCAAAGCCAAGGGAGCCAUUGUGAUCUCAAAACUGGACCCGAGCAGUCUGGAGGUGAAGAGGAGCUGGGAGACCAACAUCAGGAAGAGCUCCGUGGCCAACUCCUUCAUCAUCUGCGGCAAGCUGUACACCGUGGCCAGCUACACGGCGCCCGACACCAUCAUCAACUACAUGUACGACACUGAAACCAGCCAGGGGAAGGCCAUCAGCAUCCCCUUCCGGAACAAGCACCGCUACAACAGCAUGAUCGACUAUAACCGGGCUCAGAGGAAGCUGUUUGCCUGGGACAACUACCACAUGGUGUCCUAUGACAUCAAGCUGGGCCGCCAGCAGGCCAAGUAAGACUUCCAUCAGUGACUGCUGAAAAAAGUGACAUUUGCUCACCUGUUCCUGCUUCAGAGACUCAGAGCUUUAGAGUAUAAUUUGUGUGGUGGUCGUCGUUAUAAAGCCAGCACCAUCAGAUCCAUGUGUAGAAGAGCCUAACUACCAAACUCCAAAGUGAAAUGAAGACGCUUGAGGAACAGUGUCCCCUGCAGGUCUGCCCUCCGUUCUUCAGUGGGAGGGCUGUCGCUGUGGCUCGGUCCACAAAAUAUGUUUUAGAGGAAUUAUUUUUGUACCGCCUUUAAUCAGAUGUAUGAUUUUGUUGUUUUCUUGAUGAGCUAUAUAUAUAUUUGAGGUCUGAAAGAUGAAGCAUAGUUUAUUUUCACAAGCUACGUUGGAUAAUUGAUGCAUCCAAUUUACAACAGAAACUCCCUGUGGUACUUCAUGAUUGAACAUAUCUUGUCUCUCACUCAGCAUUUAUUGAAUAUUGCAUGUACUUGUACACUGUAAUCAAUAUAAUGAUGUAAUGUUCAGAACUGUCAUGAAAUAAACUUCUUCCUAAACAGUU